AUGGAUGAAGACAAAGCAGAAGAUGGUCGAGACAUAACAUCAAAUACAUUCGGUGAUAGUACGGUCCUUCCGGAUGCGGAGUUUGUCGCCAAGUCAUGGAUGAUGGAUUUCCUAUUCUUGUCGUUAUGUCGUUACUACAGAGAGAGGAAUCCUGACAAGUUCAGCGAAACUCUGCGCACGUUCGAAGUAAUGAUUGACGGGGAGCACCGACUACAGGACCACCAGGAAUGUAAAAGAGCAAUCUGUUGCUUCCUUGCCAGAAUUAUGGAUGCCAAAAACUUAGAUGUACAGUAUGAGAAAGAUGUACGAAUAACGCCUUUGACGUCAGCACUCAAGGUGUGGCAAAGUAUGAGAGACAUUAUAAACGAUGAGAUUGAUGAGACUGUUUUUGAAAAUAUCAGAUGUCUGUUAAUUGUGCAGUCUGUCGGUGUUUGCUUGGAGAAGGGGAAUACACGUCAGGCAAAGGAAACUCUUCGGCGGCUGGAGAAAAAAUGCGACGUACCGGAGAAGUUGCAGAUGAGACUGUCGACUGUUAUCAGUAAGAACGAUUCCUAUGAUCCGCUGCUCGUGAGCUUCAGUCACAGCCGUCUGCUGGAGAGCGUUGACACGUUCCUGGAAGGCUUUCUCAAAGAUCACCCCUCAGACUUCUUACUUAAGGCUGCUUCCCGAGUGGUCCACGCCCGUCAGGAGAGAAUGGAGAAGACAGAGUCGGAGCAGGAUUACGUCGGGCCGUCCUCAAGGGAGGAUCUGCAGGACUGGGUGACCGCCGUAUUGCGGCUCGAGAAGUUUAGCUGGUCGCCCAGGGUCACGCCAAGGAAUGAUGACAAGACUGUUCCAUCAGGAUUACGUUUAAGACCAAAAAAGAAACUACUAUCGACACGAAAUGUCGAACCGUGGAAGCCUGACACUGCCAAAAAAGACAGCGGCGUGACCCACAGAAAGUCCAGUUUAAAGGUAUCAAGGAUAAGCUUUGACAGUGAAACCCCACAGAAAACUGAGAGCAAGCCUCUAGCUGGUAGAUCCAGAAGGAUGUGGACCUAUGAGGAGGACAAAGCGUUGAGACGUGGAGUGCUACACUAUGGAGAGGGGAAGUGGGCCAAAAUUCUGCAGGAGUUUGAUUUUGGAGAUCGCACCAGUGUAAUGCUCAAAGACAGAUGGAGGACCUUAAAACGUAAACAUCUCUGA